GGGUGGUGAUGGUUUCAAUUGUGAAAAGCUGAUAAUUAAAUACAAAUUAAUUUAUAAUAAAAUAAAAUAAACUACCUCUCAUGCCUUGCUUCUUUCUUGAACCCUUUUUUAUAUAUAAAUGUGAAAUGCUCAUUUGGGUUUAUGCAGAGUCUGCUUUGAGCUUCAUUGCCAUGAAAAUGGAGCUCAAGGACUCUACAAUCCUCACUUUCCUUCUUCUCUUCUUGCUUGCCACCCCUUGUUUUUCUAGAGUAGGUGGAUCAGAUGUAGUGGGUACUGAGGUUUAUGAGAUUGAUUAUAGAGGUCCAGAGACCCACUCAUCAAUCCCACCACCUGAUCACUCUCAUGGGAAGCCUUUGAUCCACAAAGAAAGUGCCAUGGCAAGUCCUAAACCUAAGAGCUCUAGGGCUUCUAGCAUGGGAAGAAAGUCCAAGCAAAUGCAUGGAUGAAGAUCUCUGGCAGUGAGAGUGAUAAUUUUGGUGAAAGUUUUUAGUACAGAUAUAUCAGUUAAGAACAUGCUGAGAUUGAUCAAUUAAUAUAUAAAUGAUUGAUUAGCAAUAUUUAAUUCAUUGUAUGUUUUAAUUGCCUUGUGUAAAUGAGGGUUGUGAGAUCUUUUAUGUUUGGAUCAAUAUCUAUUGUAAUUACCAUUAGUGCUACUUUAAUCAGGUUUGAGAAUUAAAGAAUGCAAAUUGCAAUAGGAA